GGUAAGAGAGAUAUUGGGGCCGUUUGCAUUGUCGGCAGCAGCUACCUCCAGCUAAUUUAAUUCGAUAUAAUGAUUGAUGGUUUGGUAGAUAUGUAUAGUGAAUGCGGGCCGGGCCUUCUAUGCAGAAAAGAAAAGAGUAAAUGCGGGCCUUGCUUGCAGCUGCCAUAACCAUGGUUUCUUACUGCUCUGCUCUGCUCCAUUUUGGAGAAAAACAGACCAUGUAGUAGUAGUCUGGUAGCAAAAUGGGCCGGGAAACAGAAGGUCAAGUGAAAAAUGAGUGGAAGGAGAGCAUGCCAACCAACCCAUAUUUUCAGAUCUCGGGGUCUCUUCUUUAGCUAUAUAAUGCAGGAGCUAGAAGCCAUCAAAUCCAUCCAUUCCAUAUUUCAUUCUUCCUUCCCUUCAUUUGCUUGUUCUGCUCUGGUUUUAUUUCUAUUGUGAAAACAGGUGGCAGAUACGAGAUUCUCUUGUGAGUAAAAACAGUAAGAUGUUUUUUCUUUUGUAGAAACACACGUAAAACUUCAAUGCUGUCAUUUACUUACCGACUACUGUGCUAUAUGUUUGUUGUUAUAUAUUUCUGAAAAUAGUCGUUCGUAGUACGUAUAUUGCAUUGUAAAAUUGUUCAAGGAUGCAUGAUGCAAGGUGAGAGAGACUGAGGAAGAAGAAGGAAAGAAAAAUGACAGCUGGAGGCAUAGCAACAGCAGAACUGUGCGACACGAACGCCCCACUCCUGGCAAGCGGCGAACUCCGAGUCCUCCACCCGGUCUUCACCAUCUACGGGCAGGCCCGCAUCUUCUCCGGCCCAAUCGUGACGCUGAAGGUGUUCGAGGACAACGUCCUGGUUCGGGAGCUGCUGGACACCAAGGGCGAGGGCCGCGUCCUGGUGGUGGACGGCGGCGGGAGCAUGAGGUGCCCGCUCAUGGGAGGCAACAUCUGCCGGCGGGCCCACGACAACGGAUGGGCCGGGGUGGUGGUGAACGGGUGCGUGCGGGACGUGGACGAGAUCAACGGCUGCGGUAUUGGGGUCAGGGCGCUGGGCUCGCACCCCAUCAAGCCCAACAAGAGAGGCCACGGGGAGAGAGGCGUCAACGUGCACAUCGCCGGAACUCUCAUCCGUGAUGGGGAGUGGCUCUACGCCGACAGCGACGGCAUUCUCGUCUCCAAAUCCGAGCUCACCCUCUGAACACAACACAACAGAACGUCUGUGGAGGGAAGGUUUAUUUUAAAGGCCGUUCUUUUAAUUUGUUAGGGUGUGAUAUAAGAAUAACAUCUGUUAUUAUUGAACCUUUUUCUAAUAAUUUGAAUGAUUGGAAUCAACUGAUAUAUUUUUAUUUAUAUGGUGUUAAACCUUUCUAACUACGACUGAAAAAGAUUUUUUAUUUAAAUCUUCGUGGUUUUAUGAUUUUAGUUUACAUUAAAGUAUUUACUUAAAAAUAUUUGAGCCAGUGAACUAGUUAAACCAUGGUGGUUCAUCUGGUUUAUGUUGAAUCGUGAAAACUCGUCUGGUCCAUCAAUAACCAUCCAAACACUAAACCAAACCGCUAUCGUAACUGAUUUGACGGUUUUACUGGCCCCGCUGUUGAUCCGGUUGGAAUCGUUUCUUAUAACAAUGUCCUUUACUAUACAUAAUAGACUACCACAUCGUCUAUUUUCUUCAAAAUGAAGCAGUAAACAUAAUCCUUGGGCCAGCUGCAAUUGAAAGGGUGUCGAACGAGUGGCCUAGCGUUCCCGGUAUGGGUCCUGGACCGGAACCCUAAACCUCUGGGGACCCUACUCUGUAAAAGAGGAAGGUCUUCAAUGUUGUGACAGGUGGGCUAUUUACGCCGGAGUUUCUGCCUCCCCCGUGAACGCGAAAAAGAAACUCCGAUGCCCCCUGGGCUCACCGGAGGAGAAGUUAGAAGGUGGUGGCUGCUACAUGCCUCGCGGCCUGCCCUGUGGCCACUGUUAUUUCCUCGCCUCUCCUAACACCCUACUUUUUUUUUUUUGUCUCCGUCGAAUUAACCUACUAUUCAUGGAUUGGUGUUAAUGAUUGCAAUUAAACUGAGGAUCCAAUCCAGGCAAAAUGAUUUUAAUUUGGUUUGAUCUACAAGUUUAUAUGACAUGAGAUCAUAUUGAUAAAUAAGUUAUUAUAAUAAUGUGAAACUAAACCAAUUGACAAAAGAUCGAAUUGAUAAACCGGUUUUUAAAAUGAUAAGCAUACCGAAUGGAAUGCAAUCUCACUUCAUAUCAGCUAAUAUGUUAAAUCAAUUAGUUCCCUGUCUUGAACAAAUCAUUUCGCAUGCACUUCUAAAUUGUCAUCUACAAAAGGUAGGAUUGAUAAAUAAUUGUAAUCAAAAUGAGGAUCAAACAGUAACAAAAUGCAUUUGAUUUUCACUCAACCUAAAAGCAUAUGGUUGGAAAUGGAAUUUCAACGUCAAUUCAAACUCGAACUUCGCCAGAUGGCAAAAAUAUCCGUAACCGUGGAUAUCCACCCGAAUCCGACCUAAUCGCGUAGGGUAAGACCCGAACCCGAAGCAUUUUUCGUGGGUACGGGUAAAACUCAAACCCGAAUAUUGCGGGUAUUGGGUGGGCAUGGUUAUCUCACUAUCCAACCCGAACCCGCCCGAUUAUACACAUGCAUAUGUAUUUUGUCUAGAAAUAAUUAUUAUUUUUCCUAGAAUAUUUUAUAUUUAGCAUAUAAAUAUAAUAUUUUCAUGAAAUUAUGUUGUUUUAAUUAAUUUUCGUCAUUCUAGUGAAUUAUUGUCGUACUUUUCCUCUUACGUAAUGUGAGUAUACGUGUGAAUGUUAACAUAUUGGUUUGAAUUAUAAGGAGAAAUUAUUACCCAUGGAUAACCGUGGAUACCCGAAACCCGAACGGGUAUGGGCAUGGUUUUAAUUUUCUACCCGUUUCUCGUGUGGGUAUGGGUAUGAGUAAAACCCGAACUACAUUGGGUAGGGUAACGGAUAUGCACUAUCCACCCUCGACCCGACCCAUUGCCAUCCCUAUUCGCCUCUCUAUAUGUUUACGAUGAAUCCUGGAGAGCAGUGGCGGAUCCAGGGGUGGUCACCCCUGGCCACGGCCCACGGCCAAGCCGAUUCGUAGAUAGUAUAGCUCUUAUGAUUUAUCGAUUUUAGUUAUUCGGCCCAGUGUUAUUUUAUAAUAAGAUUGUGUGUAAUUA